AUGUCUCUGCCAGUACUUCUCCGCGGAGCCAUGUCGGCGGCAAGCAAGGGCGUCCGUGCGCUCUCGACAUCGACAACGAUGCGCAGCCACGACGACAUCAUGGAGAAGUGGCCCGCUGACAAGUUCGACCGUCAUUUCAUCGAUUACUUCAACCGGCCGGAGAUCGAUGGCUGGGAGGUCCGCAAGGCGUUGACGGAAUUGCACGAUUUUGACGUCAUCCCCGACCCGAAGAUUGUCGAGGCCGCUCUUCGCGCGUGCCGCCGCGUCAACGAUUAUGCCUUGUCCGUGAGGUUCUUGGAGGCCAUCAAGAUCAAAUGCGGCAGCAAGAAGAAUCGUGAAUUGGUCUACGGCUACAUCAUCAAGGAGGUCAAGCCCGUUCUUGACGAGCUCGGCAUCUCGACCCCGGAGGAUCUCGGAUAUGACAAGCCCGAAUUCUUCAUUCCCGAGCCCGAGAAGUGGUGGGAGAAGAAGUGGUACGCCGAGUACGGAUUCGACAAGAAGCCCGGAUUCCAAUAC